GGCGGGGCCACCAGGAGAAGGAAGCGGGGGCCGCGUUUCCGCUUCCGGCGGGGAAGCGCUCUCUCUUUCCGUUUACCGGCAUCGGGGCUUCAGGAGGUGUCUGGAGGGAGACACCCAGCUGCCGCCAUGCAGAUCUUUGUGAAAACCUUGACAGGCAAGACCAUCACUCUCGAGGUGGAGCCCAGCGACACCAUCGAGAACGUCAAGGCCAAAAUUCAGGACAAAGAAGGUAUCCCUCCUCACCAGCAGCGCCUGAUCUUUGCUGGGAAGCAGCUGGAAGAUGGGCGCACCCUUUCCGACUACAACAUCCAGAAAGAAUCUACUCUACACUUGGUGCUGCGUCUCCGUGGAGGGAUCAUUGAGCCCUCUCUGCGCCAGCUCGCCCAGAAGUACAACUGCGAGAAGAUGAUUUGCCGCAAAUGUUACGCCCGCCUGCACCCCCGGGCUGUGAACUGCCGCAAGAAGAAAUGCGGCCACACGAAUAACUUGCGCCCGAAGAAGAAGCUGAAGUGAAGGAAUGCGUCCGAAUCUCGGUCUUUCUUUCCCUCCUUCCUCCCCAUGUUUUGGCGUUGUCACAAUGAGAGGCACUCCGUCACCUGUCCUCUGAGGGGACUUUUUUCCCUUUUGCUGUAGAAUAAAAACUCCCAGUGUCCUGAA